AUGUUCGGUUCGGUUCGGGUAACUGCCCAGUCGUUACUCGGGCCCACGGUGAACAUCCUCCCGCCAUUCGCGUUUCUCACCAAGGGCACGAAGAAGGAGACAAUGGGGAAGUUCAUGGCGAAGCCAAUGACCCUGUUUCAUUACCAGCGUGGUGUUACCUCGGGAUGUGGCUUGGGGUUGGCGUUCAGAGUCAACUUCACCUUCUCUCUCAUGCCCCAGUUUGGUACUGCUGGGUCCAAUGGCUUUGCACUUGUCAUAGCAGCAAAGCCCAAGGUGGGGAAGCCUGCUGGUGUGGGGUACAGUGGAUUGGGACUUCGGAGCAUAGCCGUUGUCUUUGACACGCUUCCGAAUGAUGUGGGCGAGCAGCACGUGGGGCUGUGCAUCAACGGCACAGAGGAGUGUUUGGUCAAGGAGGUGUCUCCAUUCACACUGACCGAUGGCGACUCAUACAAGGUGUGGGUGGACUAUGAGCCUGGGGAUCCCGGCACCAUUCAAGUGUUCCUGGCCAGUUCGAAUACAAAGCCAGACGAGCCACUGCUGCUGGGGAGGGUGUCGCUGUGUGCGGUCCUGCAGCCGGGAGUGAAGCAGCCGGCAUUCUCGUUUGGGUUCGUUGCGUCCACCACUGUCAAGGCCGUCCUGUUCAAAGAUCAAGCCCUUGGCCUCUCGCUAUCGGAGGACACAUUUGCACCGUCUCGAGGCAGCCCCUUUUCGCGCUACGUGAGUUCGGAUUUCGAGCUCUCGGCCACCAAGAAGGACGCGUGGAGGCUUCGUGACUUCCACACGUGGGACUCUGUGGAUUUCCUUGGCUGGCCUGUCAAGAACCAGCGAGACUGCAAUGCGUGCUGGGCAUAUGCGGUGGUGGCGAGUGUGGAGGCGGCAUACGGCAUUGCAAAGCAGCAGAGCGCCCCUCAACUGUCAGUGGAGGCGCUCUUCGCCCUCAUGGGGCUCUCCGACUCCGACAAGUGCUCCGCUGGCGGCUCCCCCACGCAGGCCCUUGAGAAGCUUGUGGCUCUCGAUGCCUCCAGUGGGCUCACAGGGGACAGUGACCCGGCAACAACGUACCCGGUGCAGUCGUUCGAGCGAGCGCGGUUCAAGGGGUAUGUGGGGCUCAUGAUGGCAGUGCAGAACCAGCCAGUGGUGGUUCACAUCCAGGCGUCUGCUGCCACGUUCGUGAUGUAUGAUGGGAACCGCAUUGCUCCUCCGUUUUGGAUUAUUCGCAACUCGUGGGGAGAGGAGUGGGGCGACAAGGGUCACAUACGCAUGGACAUUCAGGGAGGGGAUGGCGUGUGUGGCAUCAACGUGCUGCCUGGCAUCUACCCCGUUGUCAAGAUUCCAGGGGACCCCUGUGGUCAAAGCAGCUACCAGGGAGAUCGGCCGCAGCCCGUUAUGAAUCCGUGUGGCCGAUUCAAAUGUGGCGUGACAGCAGAGAGCACGAAUAACUGCACCUGCAACAUUCCCACCGCUACUGUGCAGCCUUUUGUACAGGUGGUGAAUGGAGAUGGCUUCACCACAUGUGCUUAUGUUAAUACCACAGCCACCACAAUGACAGUCACUGGAGACAACUGGUUGUGUUCGGAUGUUCAUCCACUUGUUGACCUCUCACUCACUGACUUCACUGACCAAAACGCGGUGGGUGAAGAUGAGGGCAUCGACUGCAGCCAGCCAUUGCUCAAGGGCAGUGUCCUUCAGCUGGCUAAUACUCCCGACACACCCUGCACUGCCUUCUUCUACACCCUUAAUGGGGACACCUGUGCAUCCAUGAGCAGGCAGCUCAACUUCACUGAAGCUGAUCUCGCUGAUCUCAACCCCGGACUUGACUGCUCCAAGCCCAUCAAGGCGGGCCGCUCUGUGUGCCUCGAGCGCAGUGAUGCCUUCGCCUUCACCGUCCCUGAGUGUGUGAGAUACGGCACGCUCACUCCGCAAGACACGUGCGAGAAGCUGCUUAAGAGGACCAGCACGAGUGUCCCCCCUUCGGGUGGCACUACACAAGGGGGUGCCAGUGAGAACCCAUGGGCUGCGCUGUACCGCAACAAUCCCGGCCUCACUUGCUCCAACACCAUCCCUUCCUCUGCCUACGCGACAGGCAGCAGGAUUGGCGUACAGUUAGGUUUGUGCAACAAGGGGAGGGCCAAGCGAGUUGCACCAACGUUGACAUGUUCAGGUGCUUACCGCUUUUAUGGUGGAGGAGCUGCUGCUAGUGCGGCGUUUGCAGACUACAACGGUAACGCUUGUGCUGGAACAGUAGGAGGAAAGGUUAUUUGUGUGCCGUGA